AUGAGGGAGAUCGAUCCACUGUUCACAGAGUACGAGCAAAUCAGAGGCCUGCCGAAAGAAAAGGAGGCGCUCGAAAUAUUGAGGAAGAUAGCAUCGCUCGUCAAACCCAUCAUGAGGAAGAGGAACUGGAGGGUCCAUACUCUUUGCGAGUUCUUGCCAAAUGACGCUGCACUUCUAGGCCUGAACAUCAACCACACCCAGAGGAUAUGCGUGCGCCUCAGACAUACCCACGAUCCAAAGCAGUUUGUUCAUGACGACAUGAUCAUAGACACCUUACUACAUGAGCUCUCACACGUCAUUUGGGGAGACCACGAUGUCCGAUUUAACGCUCUCUGGGACGAACUUCGUUCAGAAUACCACGCACUCAAAGCACAGGGAUACAGCGGCGAAGGCUUCCUCUCGGAAGGCCACCAGCUGGGUGGUAAACGCGUCCCACUCCAGGAAGCGCGCCGACAAGCCCGCGUAGCCGCCGAGAAGCGCCGCACUCUCCAGGCCGGGUCAGGCCAGCGACUCGGCGGAGCGGCUGCCCGACCCGACGCCGACAUCCGCCAGGUGAUUGCAGCUGCAGCCGAGAAUAGGAACAAGAUCACUAAAGGCUGCGCCUCGGGGACCCGUGGCGCGGAACGCAUGGCCGAGGAAGCAAGGCGCCUGGGCUUUAGGACUAAGGCGGAGAUGGACGAUGCCGAUCAGCUGGCAAUUGCGAUCGCGUUGAUGGAAGACGAGAAAGAGGCCGAGGAGAAGGAAAUGAGGGAACUGGGGGCAAUGCAAUCGGAGGGUCUGACCUGGUCGCCUGAACGAGGCUUAGAGGCCCAACCACCACCGCAACCACCGAGACCUAAGAAGCCAUCACGCUCAUCUACUGCUCCAGCAAGCCAUAUACCGGUAGCCCAGGGCAGCCAAUCAAGACCUACUUCGACGCCUCGGCCAGGCAAACCCGUAUCUCGACUGGUCGCCCAACGAUCAUCCACUACUCCUUCCAAUCAAGCCGGCACAGAGUUGAUUGACCUGACCCGGAGCUCACCGGAACCAGCACUGCCAGACACCGGGCACUGGACAUGCGAGAUCUGCACGCUGGUGAACGAGACGCAGCAUCUCUGCUGCGAUGCCUGUGGAAUUGAACGGCCAUCCCCACCCGCACCACGGGCGACACCACGCCCCGCCCCGCAGCAUCCCAAUCGGGGUUCAGCACCGCCUCCGCCGCCCAAGCCGGCUGCCAGGCCAGCUGUGAGGUCGUUAGGCUGGACCUGCUCCAGGUGCGGCGCAUUUAUGGAGCACAGCUGGUGGACAUGCUCGGCUUGCGGUACGAUGAAGGCAACUUCUUGA